AUGGCCUCCCCUUCACAACUUGUCCGUCUUGCCAAGACGCUGCCAGAGCCUCUCCAGCGCUUCUUCGCCCGCUGGCCUCCUGCUUCCAUCCUCCCCGAAAGAGCGGCUGCGAGCCCAACUCCGCACCAGGAGCAGCGCCCAAACCCCUUUCGCUUUUACAAGCACCCGGUUACGGGCAAGUGGCAAGAUCCCGUCUACUCUUAUAGGCGCCAGGCCCAACUCGUCCAGAUGGCCCGCGAGCACGGCGUCGAGUCGCUGCUCCCCGAGACAACCAAGGGCACCGAGUACAAGCUUGCACACCGCAUCGAGCACGGCUUGAGAGUCAAGGGCACAGGCGUCGGACAAAGAGUCAAGGGACACAUCCACGAGAGGCACAUGAUUGCCAAGAUGGAGAAGAGGAGAGAGGCCAUGUUGGAGAUGCCAAAGCUUAUCAGAGCCUGGAAGAGAAUCGGGAAACGAAACUGGACGAAGUUUCCAAAAUAA